AUGUCGGACUCAUCAGAGCUGUCCUCAGAUUUAUCGUCCGCCCCAUCAGACGACGAGAGCGACCUGCAAUUGACUAAAAAAGAUGGUAUUCUCAAGUUCUUCAAAAAAGCUCCUGGCCCAGCUCCACCACCCAAGAUUGAGGCCUCACCACCACGCCCAAAACGAGAUCCUUCACCACCUCACGAAUAUGUCCUUGCAGAUAAUCCAGAUAUUGCUUUUAUCGUCAUGUUCCGUUCCCGCUUCACUGAAGCUUUCCCAAAAUCUCUCGCAAAUUUCGGACCACAAGAACUCGAACGAGAUAUAAUAGACACAGUGCCUGGCGAAAUAGCGGAGCAUUUCCUUUGCGCGUUGUUAGGAUUGCUGCUGAAUCGCAAGCAAGACGUAAAAGCAGGACAUUACAAUCGCGCAUUAGAGGAGGCCAUAUCAACACAUAAAUCGCAAUGGGCAAGGGAUUGGGAAAGCAAGAAUCCACUUUCUGGUGGGGGGACAUUUGCUUCGAUGCUUCCAACAGAGCGAUUAACUCUUCUUCGGACACUAAUUCUUUGGUCUCUGUCGUCUUCUGAAUCUGUCAAAGGCAUUAUACAAGCAUCGUACAAACAGAAUCGGCAUGAGGACGACCUUAACCAGCCACUUUCCGUUCAACCAUGGGGCUCUGACGGCGAUCGACGACGUUACUUUUUAAUCGAAGGGCUCGACGACACGCAUUUUCGAGUUUACAGAGAGAGCAAUCAUACGGGAAUCAAGCGGACGUGGUGGAGUGUGGCUGGUGAUAUAGAUGAGCUGAAGCAAUUGAAACGCAAGCGUCGUGAAUAUCGACAAAUCCGUAAGCAGCAGUUCAAACGGCCAGAAACCAACUUUUCCAUGUACGAAGGACGGACUCGUGGAAAGCGGAUGAAGUACACCUAUUCUGACGAAGAAGAAGAAGUAUAUUCCGAUGCUACCACAAGUCGCCGUUCAAUGAGAAAUACGGGUACACACACCCCAGCAGAAGGUCUUCCAGCUCCUACAGUGACCCAAAGCGGCCGUCAAGUAAAAGCUCGUCAAGGAGGACAUUAUGGCGAGAGCAUGCUGAGCGGCGCUAACAUGGCCAAUGCUGUUACUGUUGGGGAUUUCGGCGACCCGAUUGAUGAAGCUGACACAAGUGACAAUACUGGUGGUCGACCUCGUAGAGCGGCGGCUCUUCAAAAUUCCGCACCUAAAGGUGGUCGCCACAUCGCGGGUUACAAUAAUGUUGAUGAGAUGACGAGCGAUGAUGAAGAAGAUGCUAGCGAACAAGACUACGGAGAUGAUGAGGAAGAAGAGGAAGCUGUUUCACUCGCAAGCGAAGGUGGAGAGCAAGAUGAUUUAACUGACAAUGAAGGGGAGCCGAUGGAAACAACUCUAGAUAAUGGAGAAAAGAAAAGCUUGGUGGUUAAGUUGCCGAUUAAAACGCCUACGCCAGAAAGAAAGACGGCCAUAAAGCUACGAUUAUCGCCGGAGAAAGAGUUAAAUUCUAGACCUCCAGAAUCAACAAGUCACGGUACAGUCCAUAGUUCUAAUGACUAUGGAUCUGCUGGUGCAAACAACACUGCAACAACAGGAGCGCUGGAAAAUGGAAGUACCGACAUGACCAAUAUGCCCAAAUCUCCUGAACCAACUUCAGAUCAGAUUCCCCCAAUGUCUCCAUUGGCUUUUCGUGGUAGCCCGGAAAAACCGCAACCACUUCCGGCAGCAAUUGGUGUUCACCGGGGAAGCGUGUAA